AUGCCGCUUUAUUGUGAAAAUCAGUCUGCUAUUCGCCUUGCGGAAAAUCCAGUUUUUCAUGCUCGAACAAAGCAUGUGGAUGUGCAUUAUCAUUUUCUGAGAGAAAAAGUACUACAAGAAGAGCUAGAGAUGCACAAAGUAAAGAGCAAAGACCAGUGUCCAGUAUGGUCGAGUUCAUUCAUUCUAUGCUUCCUGGUAGAUUACUUGCAGGAGCGUGCUAAAGGCAGCUUAUUGUACGGUUUCAGGGGAGGUCCAGCUGGAAUCAUGAAGGGCAAGUAUGUGGAACUUACACCAGAAUAUAUUUACCCGUACAGAAACCAGGGUAGUUUUGAUAUGAUAUGUAGUGGAAGAGAUAAGAUUGAAACUCCAGAGCAGUUUCAACAAGCUGCAGAUACUGCCGCGAAGCUUGAUUUGGAUGGACUUCUUGUUAUUGGUGAGGAUGACUCGAACACAAAUGCCUGCCUCCUUGCUGAGAAUUUCAGGUAUAUAACUAAUUUUUUUCUUUCUAGAAAAAUCUUGCUUGGCAGAUGGAACUGUUGCCUGUAUUUGUCUUCAUAUGUCAUUCAUGUAAUCCAUGGAUCCAUCUAUUUUUUAGGUGCUUGUAUCAGUGUAUGGGACCCAUCCAAAUAGAAUUUAGGGAUUCUUUAUCUAACAGUUCGACAGGGUUACAG